AUAGGAUAGCAGAGCAAGUGGCCACCGUUGGUGCAGACACUGCAGGAGUUCACAAUGGGGUCGGUAACAGCGUCCGGGCGUUUGGAUGUUUUUGUCGUUUGCUUUCUUCUGCCCCCGUUUAACUCAGCAAACCGGAUCAUGGCAGAGACACCGGAGCUCCGGAUUUUCCCCACCACCGGGCUCGGGGUGAAGGAGCACUCACAGAUUGUUGCUCACCACAAUAGACUGCGCAGCCGGGUCAAACCCAUGGCAGCUAACAUGCAAAAAAUGGACUGGAAUGAGAAGUUGGCUACACUUGCAAAGGAGAGAGCCACAUUGUGUCACAAAGAGCCUUUCCUUCAACACUCCUCGUCUUUCAGCCAUAUUGGCUGGAACACACAUCUUUCUGUUGUUGGUGCUGCUUCAUUUUCUGACAUCAUUGACUUCUGGUUCGACGAAGGAAAAGAUUUUCUCUACUCAAGUGGCCAAUGUAAGGAAAAUGCCACCUGUCAACACUACACCCAGCUGGUCUGGGCUACUUCAAGCCAGGUGGGCUGUGCCAACCAACAGUGCUGGAGAAACGGAGAACUCUGGGAGAUAUUUGUCUGUGCAUACUAUCCUGGGGGUAACUGGGAGGUAAAUGGUCAACUGGUGAUGCCGUAUAAAUCAGGGCUGUACUGCUCUCUCUGCACCUCCUUAAUGUCUGGCUGUUUGAGACUGUGGGACCAUGUAGGCGGACUAUGUGAGAUUCCAAAGAAUCCGUGCCGUAUGAACUGUGGCGAACACGGUCAUCUUAAUAUCUCAUCUUGCAAAUGCAAGUGUGACCUCGGGUUCACUGGACGCUUCUGCCAGGUUCGGUGCAAUGUGCAAUGUGUGCACGGUCAUUUCAAAGAAGAGGAAUGCUCUUGCUUGUGUGCUGUUGGCUAUGGUGGUGCUGAGUGUGCAGAGAAAGUGGAAUUCCCAUUUCAAAGCUGUGAUCUCAUCAUAGAUGGAAAUUGCUUCAUGGUGUCUUCUGAUGUUGAGACCUACUAUGGGGCUAAAAGUCACUGUCAGGAACAAGGAGGCGUUUUGGCUCAAAUCCACAAUCAGAAGGUUCAGGACAUUCUGGCUUUUUAUCUUAGUCAGCUGGAGACGAGCAACGAGCUCACCAAGAAUGACUUUGAAACGGACAACUUCUGGAUAGGCCUGACAUAUAAACCUCCAAAAGACUCAUUUCGCUGGGACACAGGAGAGAUUCCCAAAUACUUCAGCUUUGCCUUUGGGCAGCCUGACAACCAAGGUUUUGGAAACUGUGUCGAGCUGCAGGCAUCGAGUGGGUUCAACUGGAAUGACCAGCGCUGUAAAACACUGAACAGAUACAUUUGCCAGCACGAUGCAGAGCAUAUUGCUCAGUGGGAGGACAGCAGGUGACCUGGAUUUUUCAAAGGGGUGAAAUACUGCAGGAAUCAGGCAUAUUCAUUUAGGUCACUUUGAUCUAAGCUACAGCAUCUCAAACAUCAGUGAUUCAUCAUCUCCAGAGGAAGACCUUCACAGCUUUUGGUCAUCGCCUAAAUUCUAAACACAACCAUGAGGUUGACGUUUUUCGCCAUAGUUUGAUUUAAUUUAGAGUUUAAUUCUUGGUUAUUCUUUGUUUCUUUGUUACCUGUUUUAUUUUGAAAGGAUUUUUUUAAUUGUUUGUUUUUGUUGCUCUUACCUCUGUUUGCUGUGUCUUAAGUCUUCCCACCUGAGAUUAAUCGGUCCUGUGUGUGUGUGUGUGUGUGUGUGUGUGUGUGUGUGUGUGUGUGUGUGCGUGUGUAGUCUUUUCCCCUGCCUGCUUCAUUGUAUCUCUUCUAAUUAUUUCUCUGGGUUUGUUUUUAAAAUUAUUUUGAUUCUUCAUGUUUUUUUUCUUCUUUCUGUUGGAUUUUAAUGUGACUUCACGCUGUCUGUAUCUUGGGCCACUUUGGUGCUAAAUGUUAAAAGAAAAUUUUUUUUUAAAAAUGUUGUCACUUUUAGAAAAAAAUAUAUAGAUAGACCAGUUAUAGACCCAGUUAUAACGGUUUCAGAUAGUGAAUUCAAAUGAUCUCUUCUAGAGCACCAACAUGGGGUUCUUAUUUGAUCUUAACAGCAUAACAACAUUACUUAUAUCCUCAUACACGUGGCCAGCUGUGUAUGUAAGCACCUGUCAAACUCAUCACCAUCAGAAUAAAGAUGUUUAGGAAAUAUGAGGACCUUUUGGUCAUUCAAAGGCUUGUUUGAAGUUGAGACUUGCUUUUUACAGUUCAGGUUAAACGUGCCCUACCUCAAUUUUAGCUUAAAGUACGAUGGAAGUUUAGACAUUUGAAGGGAAGACAAAGGUUUGGGAGAAGGAUUGCAUUUGGGAAAUGAACUGCCUCACAGACAUAACCAUCUAAAUGAGUGUGCGCGAUUUAAAUGUGGAUCAGGUCAGUGAGCUUUUAAUGGUAACUCUAAGGUCUGACAUCACGAUGGCCUUUGAAUUAGCAGAGGAAGAUACUGCUGGAUGGUAAAUAAUACACUCAGAAGGAAGAAUGGGAUAAGUGCUGCAAUGUAACAGGGUCAAAUCAACCUGCAGUGAAUUAAUGCGAAUAAGCAUAUAGGGUUAAAUAGUUACAAAUGUCAUUAAGCUUUCAAUUUCUACUUUAUAUAUUUUAUAUAUUCUCUCUGCAAGUAUGCAGCACAUCCAGUUUUACAUACACAUACAGACAAUCACAGCCCUAAUCCUGCUAGUAUACCUGUACCUAUAGCUAAUGCUCCAACAAAGACAUUUAAGGGUUAAAAAUGUGUAUUGCUGUAGUGGUUAAAUUUGGUAUUUAAAGUGUCAUUGUUUCAGUGCUGACACAAAUAAAGUCCUUGCCUCUGAAAAGAUAACAUGAAUGCAGAGAAAUAUUUGGCCACACCGUCUGCCAUAAGUGAGACGUG